ACGCCGCCCUCAGCUCUGCUGUUCUGCGCGCACGGAGCGCAGGCGAUGAGCUUAAGAUCAUCUCGCGCGGGGGGGAGCCCGGGACUGGAGAGGCCGGCUCUGCCCCGCUGAUCCGCGCGGCCCAACUUUAUGGGGGGCUAGCUAGACCGCGCCUCACUGCCUGCUGCGCCGCCAACAGGGGGGAUCUUUGGUUGGGACUUGAAAAUACUGCUUUGUGAACUCAUCAGGUUAAUGCACAACCCAGCCUCCAGCCUUCUGCACUGGAAACCUUUUCAGCACUCCGGACAGAUCCUACAAGGUUUUGAAGAUCGUGAUCACAUAUGGAUGCAUCUAACUAAAUGGUCCCUGGGGACAUGGUGGUCCUUUAGAGAGCACAUCUAAAUCACUGGCUGAUUUUUUGGUUUGCGGCUCACCAUAGGACAUCACCGGAUUCUCUCUCUCAGAACUCGCCUAAAUUUUCCCCACCAUGCUGUCUUUAUUAGCUUGAACUCCUUUCCUAAAAUGGUCCUUCUGUUGAUCCUGUCAGUCCUGCUUUUGAAAGAAGAUGUCCGUGGGAGCGCACAGUCCAGUGAGAGGAGGGUGGUGGCUCACAUGCCUGGUGACAUCAUUAUCGGGGCUCUCUUUUCUGUCCACCACCAGCCCACUGUGGACAAAGUUCAUGAGCGGAAGUGUGGGGCAGUUCGUGAACAGUAUGGCAUUCAGAGGGUGGAGGCCAUGCUGCACACCCUGGAAAGGAUCAACUCAGACCCCACGCUCUUGCCCAACAUCACCCUGGGCUGCGAGAUCAGGGACUCCUGCUGGCAUUCGGCCGUGGCCCUAGAGCAGAGCAUUGAGUUUAUAAGGGACUCCCUCAUUUCUUCCGAAGAAGAAGAAGGCUUGGUGCGCUGUGUGGAUGGCUCUUCCUCUUCCUUCCGCUCCAAGAAGCCCAUAGUCGGGGUCAUCGGGCCUGGCUCCAGUUCUGUGGCCAUUCAGGUCCAGAACUUGCUCCAGCUUUUCAACAUACCUCAAAUUGCUUACUCGGCAACAAGCAUGGAUCUGAGCGACAAAACUCUGUUCAAGUACUUCAUGAGGGUCGUGCCUUCAGAUGCCCAGCAGGCACGGGCCAUGGUGGACAUAGUGAAGAGGUACAACUGGACCUAUGUAUCAGCGGUGCACACAGAAGGCAACUACGGAGAAAGUGGGAUGGAAGCGUUCAAAGAUAUGUCAGCCAAGGAAGGGAUUUGCAUCGCUCACUCUUACAAAAUCUAUAGCAACGCGGGGGAGCAGAGCUUCGAUAAACUGCUGAAGAAGCUCAGGAGUCACCUGCCCAAGGCCCGGGUGGUGGCCUGCUUCUGCGAGGGCAUGACGGUGAGAGGUCUGCUGAUGGCCAUGAGGCGCCUGGGGCUGGCAGGAGAAUUUCUGCUUCUGGGCAGUGACGGCUGGGCUGACAGAUAUGAUGUGACAGAUGGAUAUCAGCGAGAAGCUGUUGGUGGAAUCACAAUCAAGCUCCAAUCUCCUGAUGUCAAGUGGUUUGAUGAUUAUUAUCUGAAGCUCCGGCCGGAAACAAACCUCCGAAACCCCUGGUUUCAAGAAUUUUGGCAGCAUCGUUUUCAGUGCCGGCUGGAAGGGUUUGCACAGGAGAACAGCAAAUACAACAAGACUUGCAAUAGUUCUCUGACUCUGAGAACACAUCAUGUUCAAGACUCCAAAAUGGGAUUUGUGAUCAAUGCGAUCUAUUCCAUGGCCUACGGGCUCCACAACAUGCAGAUGUCCCUCUGUCCAGGAUAUGCGGGCCUCUGUGAUGCCAUGAAGCCAAUCGAUGGACGGAAACUUUUGGACUCCCUGAUGAAAACCAAUUUUACUGGGGUUUCUGGAGACAUGAUCCUAUUUGAUGAGAAUGGAGACUCUCCAGGAAGGUAUGAAAUAAUGAAUUUCAAGGAAAUGGGAAAAGAUUAUUUUGAUUAUAUCAAUGUUGGAAGCUGGGACAACGGAGAAUUAAAAAUGGAUGAUGAUGAAGUAUGGUCCAAGAAAAGCCACAUCAUCAGAUCCGUGUGCAGUGAACCAUGUGAGAAAGGCCAGAUAAAGGUGAUCCGGAAGGGAGAAGUCAGCUGCUGUUGGACCUGCACACCUUGUAAAGAGAACGAGUAUGUCUUUGAUGAGUACACCUGCAAGGCAUGCCAGCUGGGGUCCUGGCCCACGGAUGACCUUACAGGUUGUGAUUUGAUCCCAGUACAGUAUCUUCGCUGGGGUGACCCUGAGCCCAUUGCAGCUGUGGUGUUUGCCUGCCUCGGCCUGCUAGCCACCCUGUUUGUCACCGCAGUCUUCAUCAUUUACCGUGAUACACCAGUAGUCAAGUCCUCCAGCAGGGAACUCUGCUACAUUAUCCUUGCUGGCAUCUGCCUGGGCUACUUAUGUACCUUCUGCCUCAUUGCAAAGCCCAAACAGAUUUACUGCUACCUUCAGAGAAUAGGCAUCGGUCUCUCCCCAGCCAUGAGCUAUUCAGCCCUUGUAACCAAGACCAAUCGUAUUGCAAGGAUCCUGGCUGGCAGCAAGAAGAAGAUCUGUACCAAAAAGCCCAGAUUCAUGAGUGCCUGUGCCCAGCUAGUGAUUGCUUUCAUUCUCAUAUGCAUCCAGCUGGGCAUCAUCAUCGCCCUCUUUAUAAUGGAGCCUCCCGACAUAAUGCACGACUACCCAAGCAUUCGAGAAGUCUACCUGAUUUGCAACACCACCAACCUAGGAGUUGUCACUCCUCUUGGAUACAAUGGAUUGCUGAUUUUGAGCUGUACCUUCUAUGCUUUCAAGACCAGAAAUGUUCCAGCCAACUUCAACGAGGCCAAGUAUAUCGCCUUCACAAUGUACACCACCUGCAUUAUAUGGCUGGCCUUCGUGCCCAUCUACUUCGGCAGCAACUACAAAAUCAUCACCAUGUGUUUCUCAGUCAGCCUCAGCGCCACAGUGGCCCUCGGCUGCAUGUUUGUGCCGAAGGUAUACAUCAUCCUGGCCAAACCAGAGAGGAACGUGCGCAGCGCCUUCACCACGUCCACGGUGGUGCGCAUGCACGUGGGGGAUGGCAAGUCCUCCUCGGCAGCCAGCAGAUCCAGCAGCCUGGUCAACCUGUGGAAGAGGAGGGGCUCCUCUGGGGAAACCCUAAGGUACAAAGACAGGAGACUGGCCCAGCACAAGUCGGAAAUAGAGUGUUUCACCCCCAAAGGGAGUAUGGGGAAUGGUGGGAGAGCAACAAUGAGCAGCUCCAAUGGAAAAUCUGUCACGUGGGCGCAGAACGAGAAGAGUAGCCGGGGGCAGCACCUGUGGCAGCGGCUGUCCAUCCACAUCAACAAGAAGGAGAACCCCAACCAAACUGCCGUCAUCAAGCCCUUCCCCAAGAGCACGGAGAGCCGCGGCCUGUGCGCGGGCGGCGCGGGCAGCGGCGCGGGCGCGGGCGGCGCAGGCGCGGGAGGAGGCGGGCCCGAGCCCCCGGACGCCGGCCCCAAGGCUUUGUACGACGUGGUGGAGGCCGAGGAGCACUUCCCCGCGCCCGCGCGCCCGCGCUCGCCGUCGCCCAUCAGCACGCUGAGCCAGCGCGCGGGCUCGGCCGGCCGCACGGACGACGACUUGCCGUCGCUGCACUCGGAGCCCGCGGCGCGCAGCAGCUCGUCUCAGGGCUCGCUCAUGGAGCAGAUCAGCAGCGUGGUGACCCGCUUCACUGCCAACAUCAGCGAGCUCAACUCCAUGAUGCUGUCCACCGCCGCUCCCGGCCCCGGCGCGGGCGCCCCGCUCUGUUCGUCCUACCUGAUCCCCAAAGAGAUCCAGCUGCCCACCACCAUGACCACGUUCGCCGAGAUCCAGCCGCUGCCCGCCAUUGAGAUCACCGGUGGCGCGCAGCCCGCGGCCGCGGCCCCGCCGGCUGGGGGCGCUGCCCGGGAGCCCCCGGCGGCCGGGCCCGAGGCUGCGGCCGGCAAGCCGGACCUGGAGGAGUUGGUGGCUCUCACCCCGCCGUCCCCCUUCAGAGACUCGGUGGACUCGGGGAGUACCACUCCCAACUCGCCAGUGUCCGAGUCGGCCCUCUGUAUCCCAUCGUCUCCCAAAUACGACACACUUAUCAUAAGAGAUUACACUCAGAGCUCCUCGUCCUUGUGAAUGUCCUUGGAAACCACGCUGGGUUCCCAAACGGAGCCGAGACCUCCGGUGUUCCCACAGACACAGUCGCCUGAUUAAAACCCGAGGUGGAAGACGCCAAGUACACCUGUAAUGGAAACAAGAGAUUAAUAGUGCUAUUCAACAUCAACCGACGAAGACACCAACUACAAAUCUUUUGGCAGAUCUUCUUCUAGUGGCCUUAGAAAACAUGGGCUUUUAAGAAACACUGCUUCUGUUUUUGAGGGCUGACAAGGAGUCUGUUGAAACAGUUACAUACUAAGUGCUUUGCUCUAGGGAAGCAAUGAGUGUGAAACAGCGUAAUGGAGGGGAAAAGGCAUAGUUAAUAAGCAACUGUAAAAAAAUAUGUUUUGUUUGUUUACGUUAAUUCUUUUCCCAGAAGAUUCUUUGAUUCACCAAACAUGAAUGUACAUUUUCUAACAAACUCAAAAUCUGGGACCAAAACGUCAACUUUUCUCUUCCUCUUUUUUUUUUUUUUUUUUUCGUUUUUUCUUUCCUUUAAAGACCUUGGAAAGCAGUACUUGGGCCCAGUAUUUACUGAGGCCUUGACGUGAGUGUGUCCCAUACACAACACACAACUGUAUGAAGAGGGCUGCGCUGAUGUAUGUAGGGCUUUUACCAGACUUUCCUCUCCAAUUUGGUUGUGACAUCCUCUUCCAAAAGCCUGCAUCUUGGAUUCCACCUAGUUAUUUCCAUUCACCUCCAUUAACUAAGAAAACCAGUGGAAGAUUUCUUGACUAUUUCACCAUGUUGCCAAUCAAUACUGGAGUAGCAAAAAAUAUUUUCUGGAAUACUGUUUUGUAAUUCCCUCACUGGGGUGCGUUGUGUAGCUGGAAAUUCUCUUUAUAAUAAUAAUAAUUCUUGAGCUCCAGCUUGGCUAUCUCUUUCAUGAAAUGUGGCCACUCCUCAUUAUGAAUGCAUUGCCAGCUAAAAUAUUUAAAGUACGCAUUUGGGCUUCUUCAUUCCUUUCUUUUGAAAACCUGAUGCACAAAGAGCUCCUCUGUUCUUUUCAAGUCCCACCACUGGAAGAACGGUCCAUAGACCCAAUGAAGACAUUGUCAUGAUUGGAGGGACUGUUCAAAAAAUUAACACAAUCUUAAUACACUGGAAAUUUUAAACUGUGUCAAGUCGGCGUAGCAGAGAUUUAGCUAUGCCAGUGAGCAGUGAUUUUAACUUUUCUUGGCUGCUUAAACAGGGCAGCUAUGAACUAUGACAAAUGUAGAUUUUUCAAAGCAAUACAGAAAACUUAAACAGAGGAACCUUAAAGAAUAUAAACCACACAAUCUUUCUUAGCCAUUCCAAAAAGAGGCAAAGCAAUUAUUAAUAUUUUCCUUUUUAAAAUAAUUAUUAAUAUAAUUUUGUGCACUUCAUACUGUCACUUUUUAAAAACUGCAGAAAAGAGAUUUAAAGUUAUAAUAGAAAUACCUGUGCUUUGAUAGGCUCAUACAGGUAGAAUUCAUAGCUCAAGACCUGCAUCCACUGUCAUCUCUUUCUUCCUCCCAUUACAGCUAUCCUCAGGUGCCAAAUGUUUUUGAUUUUUAAAUAAGGAUAGUAAUAAAAGGAGGAGGUGUCCUAUAAAUUUAAAGUUCAGUUGACCCAGCCUUAUACUAAAGAUAGCCUUAUGAAAAAGAUUUGCUAUGAGGCAGAAGUAUAUUUUUAGCAGAGAGAAAGAUAAAUAAAAACCUUUUUCCUUUAGCUCAAUAUCCUUAUUUUGGUAAGUAUUUUUUAUCUCACAUCUACUUAAAAAAAGAAAUUGAGAAAUGGAAAUAUAUCCAUUAACGUAAUUUAUUCCCCACUUUUAGAAGUUAUAAUAAAUAUACUGCUCCACUUUACUUUCCUGAUAACUGUUCUUAUAUUAAAUUAUAUUAAAUCAAAUCUCCCAAUAGAAAACAUUAAAAGCUAACAUUAAUUUACUAAAAUAUAAAAUUUUUUAAAUCAGACCUCCAAUGACAAUUUAAAAAUAGCAUCAUCAGAGCCCUUCGAUCCCAAA